AUGGCCAAUCUAGCCGUAGAUGUUGUCUCAACCCAGGUAACUGUCGACACGAGCACGACGUACCAGACAAUUGAUGGGUUCGGUUUUUCCGAAGCUUUCUGGUUCGGUCUAGCAGUGCAAGAAGCACCGGCUGCCCAACAGACUCAGGCCCUUAACUACAUGUUCAGUACAACUGAGGGUGCUGGCCUGACUAUUUUGCGAAAUCGGAUUGCCGCCGACCCUGGCGAUACUAUCGAGCCCGAUAGUCCCGGGUCCGCAACGGCGACGCCGACCUAUACAUGGAAUGAUGAUGAUGCAACCCAGGUCUUCUGGUCGCAAAAGGCACGAGAGAUGGGGGUGGAAUACAUCUACGCAGAUGCAUGGAGCGCACCGGGGUAUAUGAAAACGAAUGACAACUAUGAGGAAGGGGGUUAUCUCUGUGGUGUGACAGACGAGACUUGCUCUACCGGCGAUUGGAGACAGGCAUACGCCGAUUAUUUGGUACAAUAUAUCAAAUACUAUGAGAACGCUGGAAUUACUAUAGAUUUUGUCGGAUUCUUGAAUGAGCCUGAGCUAGCUGUUGAUUAUGACUCAAUGCUCUCCGAUGGAACGCAAGCAGCUUCAUUCAUUCCCAUUCUAUACUCGGCACUAGAAGAAGCUGGGCUGAGCACAGGCAUCGUUUGCUGCGAUGCAGAAGGCUGGAAUGACCAGGUCACCUACACAGCACAAAUCGUCGAGGCAGGGGCCGAAGAAUACCUUUCGCGUAUCUCAUCCCAUUGGUAUACGUCCAGAGGAACCUCCCCAAUCAACACGACUCUGCGGGUCUGGGAAACCGAGUACGCAGAUUUAAACGAUGCCUUUAGUACUGUCUGGCAUUCUUCUGGCGCUUUCAAUGAGGGGCUGACCUGGGCUGGGUAUAUUUACCAGGGAUUGGUCGAGUGCAACUUGAGCGCUUUUCUCUACUGGAUCGGCGCUCAAUCCGGAGGGAACGCCGCAACCCUUGUCAAUAUCACAGGCUCCGGUUCCUCGACAACAGUAACUCCAUCUGGUACGCUUUGGGCAUUUGCACUGUUCUCUCGUUACAUCCGUCCCAAUGCCGUCCGUGUGGCUACUUCAGGCGCUCCUGGUAAUACUGAUAUAGCUGCCUUUGAGAAUACUGAUGGUAGUAUUGCGGUUGUCAUGGUAAAUACUGGUUCAACCAGUCAAAGCGUCUCGCUUGGUGGUGUAUCGAUUGCUUCUGUUGAUGCCUACGUUAUGGACAGUUCUGUCUCCUCACCUACCUCAUUAUCGACCGCCAUCAGUGAUGAUAAUGUUGUAGCAACUUUGCCGGCUUACUCACUGGUUACCUUUGUGAUCACCACCUGA